ACUGACAUCACUCAGGAAGAAGGGAGGUGAUUGGCAAAUCCCUGUGGGUCUCUUUCCCUUCGGAGGGUGGAUUUCUUUCUAGAUCCUGACUCCCUCCGUAUCAAGGCAAACGGUUUCUAGGAUGAAUGAGUCUGGAGCGAGGAAAGAAGGUGGGGAGCAUUUGGCAAGAGGAAUAUGCUAGUAGUUCUUUAUCCAGUCUACUGUUGAUGGGCAGUUACGUGGUUUCGGCUUUGGCUAUUAUGAAUGAAGCAGCGAGGAGCAUCCGUGUGCGCGUCCUUUGUGAACCAAGCACUCAUUUCUGUUGGUGAUUCAGGGUUUCUUGAAUGUGCCUGUUUUCUCUCGCGUCCACACUGAUUUUUCUCAGAAGGCAGCACAGCAGAGGAAGCAAGAGAGUGGGCUUCUUCAUCAGUGUCCCAGAGCCUCGGUUUGCUCAUCUGUAAAAAGGGACCCUUGUCAUGACACUGGAUCCAUCCAGAUAAUCCAGGGUAACCUUCUCCAUCUCAAGAGCCUUCAUUUAGUCACACCUGUAAAGUCCCACCUACUGUGGUUGCUUCUCUAGCUCAGAUGUUCUUAAUCCCCAUGGAUCCAGGACCGUAGCCAUGGCGACGCGGGUCGAGGUGGGUUCCAUAACUUCCCUGACAGGAGUGCCGGGCCUCGGCGAGAUCGCCAAGGAGGAGACCCUGAAGAGGACCUACUUCGCGCAGGCCGGUGAUGCCCCUGGGGCGCCCUCGGCGUUGCUCUUGGAAGGAAAAAGCCCCCUGAGGAGCCCGACCCGCUUGCUCCCGCUGCCCAGACUUGCCCCCAAGCCCUUCUGCAGGGAGAAGGCCCUGGACGUGAAAGCCCCUGUCCCGUCCUCGGGGCCCGGCCCGGCCAGCCCGGCACCUCCGUGUGGGCGCUCCCAGGACCUGGUGGGAAAGGACCUGGGUGACAAGAUGCCCGGCCUGGUGGGGCAGGAGGCAGGGAACGGGGAGGGCCUGAGGAGAAGCUCGUCUCUGUUUCACAAGACCACCUUCCUGCGGCCCCGACCCAACACCAUGAUUGUCUUUGAAACCAGCAAAGCCGGCGCCGCUCUGGGGAAGGGGGUCGGUGAGGGGGCUCGGGAGGCCACCACGGGUGUGUCUCAGGAGCCCACGUCGGGGUCGCGGCCCGAGGUGGCCGCCAAGCCUGCCCUGCCUGCCCGAAAGCCUGGGACCCUUCCCCGGCCGGCCUCCCUGUCGCAGGACACCAGGUCAGCUGCCCCCCAGGAGGAGGCAGGCCCAAGUGAGACUCUGUCGAAGGCCAGCAGUGUGGAGGACACGGGGGACCCCGCUCUGGAGCCCAGGCCUCGCCUGAGGAGAAGGCCCGUGUCGGCCGUCUUCAUCGAAUCCAUUCAGCCUCAGAAGCCGGGCCCCGGCGGGGCGGCCACUGGGGGCAAAGCGCCCCCCACCCCGCCUGAGAAGACAUGGGUGAGGAGGCCCAGGCCUCUGUCCAUGGACCUCACAGCCCGGUUUGAGAGCAAAGAGGCCUUGCUGAAGAGGGUGGCGGAUGAGGCCACCGCAGGUUCCCCUGUCCAGUGGCGGGGGCCUGAGAGGUCCGACCCAGAGCCCAAAGUGGAUGCCGAGUGUUUGGUCAAAGAAAACCCUCGCCUUCAUGACCCCGACUCAGACUCCCUGGAAGUAGCCAGGAAGACCCGAGAACAGAGGGAGAAGGUGCUUUUUAGGCAGGCGGAGACAGGCAGCCCCAGAACUGCGGGGGGCUUGGCCAGGGGCACCCCCACGGAUGAGCAGCAGCCUGGGGAAGAGAAAGCUAAGCCGCUCAGGGAGCCCGAGAGGGCGCCCCCGUCCCCCUCACCCAGACCUGGGAGAGAGCAGGACUUGGCUGAGGUCAAGAGCAGAGCAGCUGACGGGGACAGCCGGCUGGAGGGAGCGUGGACCCCCCGGAGCAGCGUCAAGAGGCGCGUCAGCCUGUUUGUGGAGGAGAGCACCUUGACCUCGGCAGCAGAAUCUGGGCCCGCACUGGCCGCCCCCGAGCCUCCGCCAGCUGCCCUGGAGCCUGAGAAAGUGGGUGUGAGCGUCCAGGAGCGGAUCAAAGGCUGGGCCGCCGAGAGCUCAGAGGCCAAGCCAGAGCCCAGGAGGAAGACCUUCCAGGCACGGCCGCUGUCGGCGGAUCUGACCAAACUGUUUUCAAGUCCAGCAUCGAGCAAUGAUGUCAGAUACGAGAAGUGUUCUGAGUUGAGUGGUGAACUUCCUAAGGAACCUGGGGAAAAGCAAAAGGAAGGGCAUGGUGUGGAUGGAACAUCCGUUCCAAGAAGCCCCUGGAAGCCUGGGACGCUCCGGGAGAAGUCUAGGCAGACAGAGUGGAAAGACGGUUCUAACCAAGUCCCUGUCAACUAUCGAGGGGAAAGCUUGGUGGGGAAUCUGAACCCUUCUGACAGCACUCCAGAAGAUGAUGGAAGCUUCCAGACUGUGUGGGCUACUGUGUUUGAGCAUCAUGUGGAGAGACACACAGUGGCUAACCAGUCGGGACUUCGUCCCUCGGCCACACCCCCCAGAGAUGUGGCGGAUGCCCGUGUCUCAGAGCUCAAACCCAGGCCUGAGAGAGGCUCUUGGCUGGGGAGGGACCUGCCAGAAAAGACAAACCUCACGAAACAGAACUCCAGAUGGGUUGAGAAUCCCAGUACAGAGAAAUGGGGAUGGACCGCCCUUUCAAAUGGUGAACCCAAACAGUAUCACGUGCCCCUCUCAGAAGAGUACUCUUCGGAUGAAAAACACAGUAAAAAUUCUCCUCUAUCCCAGAAGGUCGAGCCCAAGUAUGACAUCAUGCACACCGUGGGCAACCGGGUGCACAGUGAGGCCGUCUCCACAGCGUUAGAGGAAAAAGCCAUGACCCUACGAAGCAGCAGGUCUCACCUCUCACCGAAGGGGAGGCAGCAGUCCCAUGAGGUCACCCCUGCUGACCCAGAGUGCAGGCUGGAAGGUCAGGUUGGGUCCGUCCAAAGGGUCAGUUUGAUUUGGGAAGCCCGAGGGUUUCAUGAAGCGAGUGGGCCAAAGCCUGACUCCCGAGAGCCAAAGGACACGUUUGGGAGCAAUAGCCUGUCACCCAAAUGGGCAGGUGGGGUGACCAUGAACUGGCACAAAGCCACCGUGGUGGCCAGUGAAGAGAAAGGCUCAGAUUUGAACUCUGAGGGCAACAGCGAGCACUUAGCCAGGCCCUGCGGUCCCGAAGUCACCUCAGGGAGGGCCGUCCAGGCUGCUGUCCGGGAGGCCCCACAUGUGGGGCCUGGUAUGGCCAGAACCUGGUCAGGAGGCUACAGCUUAGCAGGAGGAAGGGCUCCCCACCUGGGUGAGCCCUCUGACUUCCGAGCACAGCCGCGUGCAGACGUGCAGGUGCAGAAGGGGCCCCUAGUUGUCGCUGCUAGUGAGGGCAAACCACCACCGGCCCAGGCGCUGGAGCCUGAGGCCAAGAUGUGGAAGGCGGGCCCUGUGGACCAGAGAUUCGAGAGGUGGCGGCGGAGGACGUUGCCCCAUGACGUGAAGUUUGAUGAAUGCAGCUUCCUGGGCCCAGAAAACUCUUGGAAGGUGGAGCACAGACAAACUGAACCUUUGAGCCCCACCACCAGUGCCUUAAGAAAACCUGAGCCAUCCCACAGUAGGGUGGAGACGCAGGAGGUGAGCCCUGGUGCUUCACAGGACCAGACUCGGCCAGCAGUGAAGCAAGGGUCCUCUUUGGAACCCAGGGCAACAUUUUUUGCGGUGACGUAUCAGAUUCCUGAUACUCAAAAAGCAAAGAGUGUUGUUAAGUCAGGGCCUGAAAACUUGACAGAACAUUCUAGAAAAAUAGUCCCACCUCCUUCUCCUCAUUCUCGAAUAUCUGCCUUGGUUUCUCUUAACCACGAAGAGCCACUGGAGGCCAAGGGGAGUAACAACUGGUCUAAGGGCAAAGAGCGGGAUGGCACAAGCUAUUCAAAACCUCUGAAGCCAACAGACCGCCCAUCGCCUCUUGGGGACAGGGUUCUGGAUGCUUCUAGUGAAAGAAUCAUGGGUGCUGAUGCUUUAUGGAUCCAUUGGGGACCAGAAGAUGGCUCCAGUUUUCAGAGUGGGAGCAGGACAUCCCCCAGCAAUGCCCCCAAAACACCCCCGGCUUCCAGAAGUCACCCAGAAGCCAGCGAUCUCCUCAUCAGAAGGGACACCGAAGUGAUCAGCGUGAAGGUCCCAGGUAAAGUCAAAGAUGCCUACAGAUCCAGCGUGCUGGACAUCGACGCCCUGAUGGCAGAGUACAAGAAGCAGGAGGUUCAGGAGCGGGUGGAGGGUACACCUGCAGUGCCCAGCGGCUCAACUCAGGAGAGGCCAGGCCAGCAAGGCAGGCUAGAGCCGAGAAGGAGGAGCUGGAAGGAGAGGUCUGAAGCCGAGGGUGUCCGGACACAAGCCAGUUUUGCUGAAGCAAACCACAGUUCUUCUCUUGGCUCAGGCAAGCAGCCGGCAGAGACCCCAGGGGCAGCCGCGAACACCAAAUUCAGCCCUCCUCUGUGGGCUCUGCCCCUCUCGGCUCCUUCUGAAAAAUAUCCAGGGGCCUCUUCUGGUCCCAGGAGAAAAGUUUCGGGAAUCCCCGAGGAUGACAGAAAGGACUUUGUUAGUAAACAUCAGAGUGCAAACUAUCAGAACUACCCAGCGGAGUCAAAGCCCACUCCCUGGGAAGAUCUGGGUGGUGGGGCCUGCGUUUUGGCCAGAUCCUCUCCCACUGACCAGAAGAAAGGGACCCCAAGGAAAUCCGCUGGGAGGGGAGAGGAGGGCAGUGCCGUCCAGUGGGGUGAUCACCCAUAUGACUGCGGCAGGCCACUGCUGGAUGUCAAGAGGGCCUAUUCGGAGAAAGGCCCCUCUGCCAAAAUCCGAGAGGGCCUGUGUGUCAUGCAGGAAGCCAGAGAGAGGAGGCAAGAGCAGCCCAAAGGGAGGUCCAGCCUCUCCGGAGACAGUUCUGAGGCCAAGGAGACCAGAAUGGGGCCCUGCCGGCGGGAGUCGGGGACUCGAGACAGUUUAAAGGUACUGGCUCAGGACCUGGAGAAGGAGGAUGCCCUGCAGGACAAGGAGAAGCCACUCUGGCAGGUGUCCCCUGUAGCCUCGGGCACCCGGAGAAGCCACAGUUUCUGCAAGGACAAGAGGAGCGGGCCCUUUGUGGACCAGCUGAAGCAGUGUUUCUCCAGGAGGCCCCCCGAGGCCAAGGACACCGACACCCUCGUGCAGGAAGCCGACAGCCAGUAUGGGACAUGGACAGACCAGCGCCAGAGUGGGGAGAGUUUGGCUCCCGAGUCCCCGUCCCCGGACAGCAGUGCCACGUCAGCGCGGAAGCAGCUGCCCAGCAGCCGCUUGUCCUCACUGUCCUCCCAGACAGAGGCCACCUCAGCCGGGGACCAGCUCAGCUGCUCCAGGGACCAGCGAAGCACCAGCAUAGACCGAUCCAGCACCGAUUUGGAAUCCACCGAUGGGAUGGAGGGGCUGCCCCCGCCUGACGCCUGCCCCGCAAAGAGGGUGGACGACUUCUCCUUCAUUGAUCAAACCUCUGUCCUGGACUCAAGUGCCCUCAAGACCCGGGUGCAGCUCAGCAAGCGGAGCCGCCGCCGGGCUCCCAUCUCCCACUCCCUCCGGCGCAGCCGUGUUAGCGAGUCGGAGAGCCGGUCUCCUCUGGAGGAGGAGGCCGACAACGCGUGGAUGUUCAAGGACUCAACAGAAGAGAAAUCUCCCAGGAGGGAAGAGUCAGAUGAGGAGGAGGAGAAGCCCUCCAGGGCUGAGAGGACGCCCAGCAGCCAUCUGCAGAGGAUGCCUGUAUUUCCAGGCAUGGACCCGGCCGUCCUAAAGGCUCAGCUGCACAAGAGGCCAGAGGUCGACAGUCCCAGCGACACCCCAGGCUGGGCCCCCCAGCCCAAGACCCCCAAGUCCCCCUUCCAGCUGGGCAGUCGUGUGCUGCCCUCCAGCAUGGAGAAAGACGAGAGGUCGGAAGAGCCCUCUCCCCAGUGGUUAAAGGACCUAAAAUCCAAGAAGAGACAGAGCCUGUAUGAGAACCAAGCUUGAGCAGACAGGGGACACUGCCACGUCUAAUGAACAGAAGCCUUAACUGUCAGAACCCGAAGAUGAGGCCACGCUGAUGUCAUUCCUUCCUGCACAUGGUUACCUACCUGGGCCCUUCCAGUUGGGUGGAGAACACUAUCCAGCGCCUCCUGCCUCUCUGCAGACUCUCCCCGGAUCAGGGCGGGAAGACCCAACCUCCUCAAGCACUUGCACGUCUCCCCAGACAGCACUUCAAGCUGAGAACAAAGCCAGGCUGCCCAGAAUUGUCCAUGCUGGUGGUUUUGUGUUUUAUGUAAAAAUGUGUGUUUCUACCUACUUUAGACAUCACUCCAGGGACAUCAGUUUGAGGCUGGACCAUCUCCCUGGGUUCCGGAAAACACCUGUAUUGUGAAAGCACCUCUUUCUCCAGGGCAAGUCUCUUUCAGAAGCUUAUUUCCAAGGAAGAAGAAACUCUGUUUCCUGCUGUAAUUGUGGUCCAGGGCAGCGUUAUUGGGUUGGGUUUUGAUUGCUUUUUUGGUGAGUUCCAUCUCCCUCCCUCUCAAAGAAUCAGCAGUUCCAAUUUUUUUUAAACGUACCACCCUCAUUUCAAGUAUAUUUAUCAUUACAAUGGGGCUGUGUGCAUAGUUGACUUGUUCAUUAUCUGUCACUUUUAUUUGCUUUAGAAGGCGUUAAAGCAAUAAUUCAGCCAAUUUUCUUUGAAGUUUGAUAUGUAUAUAUGUUUUUUACGUUAAAGAGCAGAAGGAAAGAUGUAUGAAUAAUUUGCUUGAAGUAUCCGAUCAUCUCAGGUUAUCUUACCCCAUCCAUGCUUUUAACAAAAACUCCAAUUGUCAUCUUUGUGUGUAUGUAUGUUUUUCUUGGUUUCUUUUCAUUUGAGCUCUGGUUUCUGUGGAGUGACCUUUGUCCCUUGGCCUCAAGGGUUCAUAAACUGCAGCCCAAAUGUGGUGCCUUUUCCACUCAAACAUCAGACCCGCCCUGAGAAUUUUUUUCUCGUCUUUUUUGAACACCACCCAAGUUGCCAGCAUGGAAGAGCCAUUCCAAAUUGGAACAAAUGGAUGAAUGGGGGUUAUUCUGCUUCUUCUCACCUCUUCCUUCUACCACUUCCCCACCCCACCCCCUGCCAACCCCACCCAAUUGAGUGCUCCCUCGAGGUCCAAAUGUAGGAAGGGAGGUCUUGCUGAAAUCCUUCUCUGGACAGAAGUGCUGGAUGCUAGGUGACAAAGUGUAGGAUUUGCCUUGCCUCUUUUCUUUCUUGCUAACUCUAAGCUCAUUCCCAGGAAUAUCUAAGACCUCUGGAGGUUGUAGGCACUCUCUACAUGGUCUUUCUUUUUGGAAAUCCUCAACACCAGCCUCCUCCACCUCUGAAACCCAAGGAUCCAGCAAACACCCCAGAUAUUCUUGACUGGCCACCUGCCAUGCCUGGAGUUGCCAUAAACUUUGUGCCAACCUUCUCUGGGAGAUGCCCAUUGCUGAGAAAGAUGAGUGGGCAGUUCAUUGGACCCCCUGUGACUGCUGAGGGGCCCCCGGGCUGAGUUUCCUAAGGCUAGAUAUGGAAGGGAUGGGCCUCAUGCAUACCCACCCAUUGACUUCCCAAGACAUGAAAGUCUUUCUUGAUAAAUCCAUUAUUUGCAAAUGGUGUCAAAACAUCCCUUCCUUCUCCCUGGCCAUGUCUUCAGGAGUCUCCAUUUGUCUCCCCAUCUCUUCUUCCUCCCUUACAACCUUUUACCAUCUCUUCCUUCUCUUGGGAGUGGGGGUCAGGGGUCAAUGUAGGUCAAUCCUGUUUCUCCGGGUUCAGCUGAAGCCCCGCCCCCUUCCCUGUCAGGUUAGCUGAACUUUGGCUACCGAUGGGCGGUUGUGCGGUUGUAGAUCCUGUCACCCACCCAGCCUUUUCCAUCUGGAAGCCUCAUGCAUCUGUGUCUAGAGAUUUGGCCUACUUGAUAAUAGUUUGUGUUCUUUUUGUUCUCCGAGUUAGUGGUCAAUCAGUUCUCUGUGGCCUUUGGGUGGAGAUACAAUUCCUCUAAGAACUGCAUCUUUGGGUGAUUUUUAUUUUCUUUCCUUUUCCUUCUUAAGUAGGCUCCAUGCCCAGUGUGGAGCCUAGCUAGCACAGGGCUUGAACUCACAACCCUGAGAUCAAGACCUGAGCUAAGAUCAAGAGUCAAAUGCCUAACUGACUGAGCCCACCCAGGUGUCCCUAGAUCUGGUUAAUAUUUUAAAACAAUUUUCAUGCAAUGGCUUUCCAGGUCAAUAAGUCCCCUUUAAAGGCACUCAUGCUCUGACCCUGACUCUUUCUGUCUGUCUGUCUUUCCUUCAGGUGGGAAGGGCCCCUUGGUACCAUCCUGGUCAGUAGAAAUUGACCUGCUGUAUUCAAUGAGAUUAUAGAUACUCACCAUGCAGAACUCUCCAAUCCUUAAUUAGAUGUGUCUUAGCCCAAAUAUACUCAACACGAAAGAACACUUGAACAUGAGAUUAACCUGGAGACCUUUUGCCUAACCUCCCACACCUUGAUUGGAAAUAAAUAUCCUUUAAUUCCUUGGUGAUUAGGACAUUCAAAGUCCACCCCCUUGGGAUUGAGGAGAGCAGCCUCACCUCUUCCUGCGGAGCAGACAUCACAGUGGGUCAGGAGCCACCCUCUCCACACAGGCUCCCCUUGACCUCUGGGUCCCACUACGCUCAGUGCAAGGAAGUUAGAAGUGACUGGUGCUUGGAACUUCUGCAGAUGACUGGGCAAGCAUAUCAUUGUUUUUCCCCUCUUCCUAAGCUGAGUGAACUCUUUGGCAUUAAGCAAGUGGUUUUAUGCUGGUUUCUUGAGUUUGCCUGGAGCCUCUUUUUAAACUAACUUAAUAUGCCUUAACCGUUUGUAUGCAAUCAAAUCACCUGCCCUCAUCCAGGCACCUUCCUGGGGGUCUUUGGCUCUCCUUAAAUGAGAGUCUUACACAGAAUGCAAAUCCCUAUGUAUGUACAAUCUGUCUACAGACACACAAACACACACGCACACACACAGAUACACACACACACCCUUUGCACAUCAGCAUUUUGACAGCUGGUCUUUUGAUAAGUCUGUAUCUUUUUCCCCCACCACAGAUCCCCUUCUUCAUGGUCCCUUGCCUGAUGAAACAGAGGCCUUUAGCCUAUGAAAUCCCAUGGCAAGGCCUCAAAAAUCAGUGUUGUGGAGAAUUCCUUGGUGCCACCAGAGAAAUUCUGGCAAAACUGAAGCUUCGCAUUGUUUCAGGUUGGGGGUUUUGAGUGACAUUGACCUGACAGCCUCAGGUUACCGAGGAUUCGGGAAAAGGACCAUUAGAUGGGAAGUUUUCCGGGGGACAAGCCAAGUCCUAUGCUUUCAGACAAAUGUAUUCGCCUCUGUGUGUGCAGGAAAGUGAGGCCAACUCUAGGUAUUGCUAAGGAGAGAGCAUAACAAUAGGCACAGGCCAGGGAUCCCAGAGCUUAGAGGCUGUGCAGCAGAGUGGGGGAAACCAUCGGCCUGCUCUCCCCAACGAACAGCUCAGCUGCUUGCACCUGGUGCUGGUGGCUGCCUUGUCCAUUUACACUUGCACAUUUUUCAUCAUGAUGCCCCCAGACUGCCCCAGGAGCCAGGCAUAAUCACAAAGCUGAAAAUCCACAGGCACAUGGUCAGAUCACCUCCAAAACUAAACGUUUUGGCAAUGGUGACUUGGGCCUCUGUGGAAGACAAUGUCCCAAGGAGAACGUUGUCAAGCCUGCCCCUCCCUCACCAGUUUGUUUCUCUCCCUCAGUCCCUGUGGUUCCCGCCUCCCCCCCAGUCUCAGUCGCCUCCCUUAGUACAGGAAGUGAGGUUACUUAGCCCUUUGUGUAACUAGCAUUUCAAGGUGAGCCCGAGCGAGGGGAGAUGUAGAGGCAGGAGAAAAGCUCUGUCCAAUGGGAGACACCCUCCCCGCUAAUUUACGCCAUGGCAAGUCACUACAGUAAUGGAGAAACCUCCUACAGCCUCAAUUGUGCCUUUCUUCCUCUACCACAUGUUAAAAUGUGGAAGCAAAACCCCCAUGGCAUCACGAUUCUACGGGGUAAGAGGGACAGUGUUGACAAGGAGGGGACCACCUGGAGCAGGCAGGACCCACUCCACAUCUGGAAGGGAAUCCUCCUGGGGCUAUAGCCAUCUAGGGAGCCGUGGAUCUGGGCUCUGCUGAGAAGCUGCUACUAGUCAACCCUGUUGGGAUUUGGGGCAAACUGAUGUUCUGGAAAUCUAGAGCCACUUAGAAAGCCAGUUGGCUGGAGUGAGCUGGGUCUUUGCCAGUCUCUCUCCUUUGGCUCCCACCACCCCACCCCUCUAGAAUUUACUUUCUUUUGUUUGGAUUGGUUCCUGCAGGAAGGGGUGCAGAAAUCUGUCCUAGAAAGUCAGCCUGAGGUUCCUGGCAAGUUAACCCUGAAAGUCAAUCAGUCUCUCCCGCACCCCCAAAUCUCCUUAAAUAGUCCCCCGCUAACCUGGUGCCCUAAGAUCUCCCUCCAUGAAUCAGACUGGCCCUUUGACUUUUUUGACAAUCUCCAGUGGUGUCACACCUGCAAAACAAACAAACAAAAAAUCCUGCCAUUGUCUAAGGAACAGUUUGAGCUUUUUUACUGGUCUCAUUCCACAUAGCCUUAUAGAUCCUGUAAAUAGGGGGCUCGCAAAAGUAAUAUAUUGUGUUAUGGGAGAUAUUUUGUACUGUGUCGUUUCCUAAGUCAUACCAACAUCCUAGAAGUGAUGCACUUCCCAGAUGAUUCUGAUCCUCAAAACACUUUGUAAAUUGGGGGGAGUGGAAAUACAUAUAAAUAUACUAUAUAUUUUCCUAGCCUUUCUUCUGGGUCCCUUCCUGAGAUAUUUGAAUCAUGGUAGAAAAGAAAUUCGAGUCCUGUGUGUAGGGAAGUUACACCUGCUGGCGUUCUUGCAAUUGCCUUAUGAAUUCACAAGCUCUAGGGGGUUCUGAACAGAAGGUGGACGACAGGCACUUUAUCCAAUCCCAGAAAGAAUCUCUAAUCACGUGACUGAGAAUUCAUCGAGAAAAACCUAUAUUUUUAAUGUUAAAACAAAUGGGGCUUCCUGGACCUCACAGAGUAUUGGCUAUCUACAAGUGCUUUUAUAUUUUGUAACUGUAAAGAGGUUUCAUACGCACAGAACAGUCGGGAAUCUGGUCAACUGCCGUCAAACAGGAUGACCUUUGCAUGUACAAAGACGUUGCAUUCAGACCAUGAAAAUAGCAAAUAAAGCUUCAAUGCAAGUUGCACUGGAGAA